AUGGAUAUUAGACGAUUUGUUAAACCUAAAGAUUCUGGUGGUGGUGGUGGUGCAAGUACCAGCCGAGAAAGAGAUGAAUCAGUUGAACCCAGCAAGAAACGUCAGAAAACUGACAGUGACGAAGUGUCUGUAGAACCUGAAUCACAGGCACAUACUGGCACAAGCUCAUCACACCACAGUGACCAAAGAACUCCAUCAUCCACAGAUCACUUUGCUGAUACCAAUGAUGCUGCUAAUGGUGACGACGAUGAUGAUUUUUUGGGUAAUGCUGUCAAUGUAAACAGUGAUGCAAAACCGUCUGCAAAACCUACCUUCAGGCAGUAUCCUGCUACUCCAGGUCCAGCUGAUAUUUCGCAGUCACCAGAUGAUGGACCUAUCCAACCUGGACGAACUGAGCACUUCAACUUCCAGAAAAGUAAUGGAAGGAAAUUUAGACCAGAAUGGUACAAUGCAUAUCCCUGGAUGGAAUUUUCCGCCAGUGAGAACAAAGUCUACUGUUAUGUGUGCCUACAUUUUUCUGUUGGAGAAUGUGCUGAGAAAGCUUUUACUACCGAUGGAUUUCACACAUGGAAAAAGUGCACAGGGGAAUCAGCAAAGAACAACAAGUUAGUAAAGCACAAAAGCUCAGAAGAUCAUGUGAACAGUGCAGCCAAAUACAAAGCUUACCUAGAAUCUAAGCAACAAAAGAAAACAGUGAUGGAUCACAUCAAUGAGAUUAAAGAGGAAAUUGGACAGUGCAAGUACUUUGCAGUCCUUGUUGAUGAGACAAAAGAUCUGUCCAAACAGGAGCAGAUGAGUUUCGUCAUACGUUAUCUUUAUGAUGAAGAAGUCCAUGAGGAGUUCAUGGGAUUCAGAUGCGCCGACGGCCUCGAUGCUGCGUCACUCUCAGAGAGCAUUUUAGACGAAUUAAAAUCUCUCGGCAUCGACGUCAAUUACCUUGUUGGGCAAGGCUAUGACGGUGCAAAUGUCAUGAGUGGAAAGCUGUCAGGUGUACAAGAAAGGAUCCGUCGUAAGAUUCCACAGGCGUUGUAUGUCCACUGUUUCGCCCAUCGUUUAAAUCUGGUGAUUGUAGAGACAGUCAAGUCCGUAGUACCAGUUGCUGACUUCUUCGCUGUUCUCCAAUCAUCCUACAAUUUUUUGAGUGGCUCACAUGUACAUGAGCAGUGGAUAAGAUGGCAGCAAAAGAUGUACCCAGAUGAGCAACCUGUGGAGUUUAAAGGGAUGUCUGACACAAGAUGGGCAUCUCAAGUUAGAGCCGUUGGUGCCAUUCGCAAGCGAUUUCACUGCUUUGUUGAGUUCCUCAAACACACAGACACACAUGAUGAUAACCGUGAGCGUGCAUUGAAUGCAAGAGGACUCCUGUCCCAACUGGACCAAACAUUCAUAUACUGCAUGCUCCUCAUGGACGAAGUCCUCAGUUCUGCCAAAUCUGCAUCAGAUACACUGCAGAGUGUCAAUUUGGAUUAUCUACGUGCGGCAGAUCUGAUAGAGUCAUUACUAGAAGACUUGGGUACUUUCAGAUCGGAUACCAAAGCUGAUAGCUACUUCAGUGAAUCACUUACACUAGCAAAGGAAAAUGGACUUAAAUGUAGCAAUAAACGCAGACAAACCAGUGCACCAUCAACAAUGGAUGACUUUGUAGUUCUGUCUAAGCUCGGAAAGCGUGACAAAGUGUCUGAUGCAGCUAGCAUGAAAAUAGCAAUACUUAAUCCUACAGUGGAUGUGUUUUUAGGUGAAUUAAGUAGAAGAUUUAGCAACGAAAAUCUGCAGAUCUUUCGUUCACUUGCAGCUCUUGAUCCUAAGUCUCAUAAGUUUCUGGACUUCGAAACUGUCAAGCCUCUUGCAGUGCACUAUAAACUCAAUCUUGAGGACAUCAAAACUGAAAUGAGACUUGUCAAGAGAAUGAUUGAAAGGUCUGACACCAAACUAGAAACUUUGAUUGAUGUCGCGGAACACCUGAAGCCACUUACUAUGGCCUUUGAAGAACUGUACAAGUUAGUGAAAAUAGCUGCAAUCAUCCCAGUAAGUACAGCUUCUUGUGAAAGAACCUUCAGUAAACUCAAGCUCAUCAAAAAUCAUCUCAGAGCCAACAUGACUAACAGCAGGCUCAAAAGCCUCGCGGUAAUAAGUGUCCACCGAGAAAGAGCUCUUGCUAUCGACCUGGAAGAGGUGGUUGACAGGUUCAUCAUGACAUGA